AACGGAGCUGUCGAUCUUUGAUGACGUUGACGUGUGCGACUAAAAUCAUGCAUAUGAUUGUGUGUGUGACAAAAAGCUACUGUAGAAAGAACGAAGCCGGGUUAAUUGUUCAGUUUGGACAUCGAUAAUAAAAGUGAGUCCGCUCUAAAUAUAUAUUAAUGUCUAUAGAGCCAAAUAAUAUGAUGUUAUUUGCGUGACUGUUGGACUUUCGAAACAAAACAACAAGGUUAUCUGGUUAGUCUCAUUUGCAAUUUAUAGAGUCAUGUAACUUAUAGUAUACGCAGUCUUAUGGUGAGUUGUUUGGGAUCCUGUAGUUAGUAGGUGAGAUGUAGGAUAACGUGAAGAAUAAAAUAUUAAAGUUCUGAUUAGAAGUUAGUUAAACUAUAAAACAUGGGUCUCAACUUCUUAUCUAAAGUCCUAAUAUGCUUGAGACCCCGACAAUCUUUUCUGAAUGAGUUAAAGUCAUCGCAGCUUCUUCCCACGUCACGCUUUCUGAGCUCCAGAGACUCAAACUCCAACUCAGGGGGCAGACAAAAUACUGCCGGACAAAACAGGGAUGGACACAGAGGAAUGAAAUAUAACAUCACCAGACAAAGACAGGGGACAUUAUGGGAAGACUCACUGGAUAGAGGAGAUAAUGGCUUCACUGGGAAACGGAAACAGUCCCUCCCCAAAUCUGUGUUUUCUGCUGGGACAGCGAAAAGGACAGCAGAGAUGUUGAAGAAGAAAACAGCUCUGGCUGCUGAGGAUGAACAGGAGCCUGAGAAGGAGCUUGACAUGAAAGCAACUAGACGAGCAGGAAAGCUGCAGCCUCCUGAUCGACCACUUACCAUCGCCGAGUGGAGGAAGCUGAAGGAGUCUGUGGGAAAUCUGCCACGCUUUGACAUCAAGAUGAUUUGUGCACUGUUUUCCUCUGGAUCAGAGCUGGGGAUUGCCAAGUCUCUGCUGACAUUUGUUGCCGUGGAAACGGGAACUCUGUCCUAUGAGCUGUUAUUACGGUACCUCACGCUGUGUGUGCAUGGCGGUCAUGAUGCUGAGGUGUUUGAUGUCUAUGGAAUCAUGCGAGGUCGUUUCUCUACACUGGACACAGGAGCGUCGAGCCUCUUCAUCAAGUCCUUCAGCCGCACAGCGAGGUGGAGAGAGGCUGUCAACAUCCUGCAUGAGAUGAAGGUCGUCACCCCAUCGCCACGCAACUAUGGCGAUGUCAUUGCAGCAGCCAUGUUACACGGCGACAUGAUGACUGCCUGGGCUCUUUAUGAUGAAUUAAUUGAAAAUGGACUGAGUCCACAACAGGAUACCUGGGAGACUCUGUUUAAAGGAGUGAAGAGGACUACAGAGGUGGAAGCAGACAACAUCUCUCACUCUGAAUAUGAGGAGAGGCUGCGGGGGAUUCUGAGCGGCAUGAGGAACAACCAGAUCUACCCGCAGUACAACCUCGUCAGCAGCAUCAAGUCCUGGUUUGAGAGUCUCCCAGGACAGAAAUGGACAGGAAACUGGACCAGUGCCACCCCGAAGGGUCUGUGUAGGUGUUGCGGGUCGGAGUUGGAGUCCAUUCAGCUCACCGCUGAUGAAUACCAAGAAAUCAAAGACAGAGUGAUGACGGACAUCAUUCAGGGACGAGAUGUUUUUAACAAGACUACACCAGAGGAGCUGGAGCAUUUCAAAGAGUUUGUGAAGAGGAGACCGUCUUUUGAUGUGGUCGUGGACGGACUGAAUGUAGCGAACGCCAACAAGGACAAGAGCAAGCAGUCAGCGACGUUGUUGGCAGUGGUGUCAGAGCUGGAACGUCAGGGUCUGACCGUGCUCGUGCUGGGGAGGAAACACAUGCUGCGGCCCUCAAAAUCCUGGGAGAGGCACAACAUGAAUCUUAUCCAACUAAAAGCCCAUUGCUUCUUCACUGACAACAUUUCAGAGGAUGACCCCUUCUUGCUGUACGCCACUUUGCAGUCUGGGAAUCACUGUCGGUUCGUGAGUAGGGACCUGAUGAGGGACCACAAAGCCUGUCUGCCCGACGGAGCCACGAGACGGCUCUUCUUCAAGUGGCAGAGAGGACACCAGCUGGUGGUGGAUGGACAGGUUGCAGCAGGAAGGAUGGUCCGAUUUCAGAGUGUUCCCAGCUAUGACACCAUUGUCCAGACUUCAGGAGACUCGUGGCACAUUCCCUAUGAUAACACAGAGGACAGGACCACCUACGAAGUGCCACAGCAAUGGCUUUGCCUCAUCCGAGGCUCCAACAGCACACAGUGAUUUCACAGCACAGCAUUUUGGUGUCUGUGAACGAUAUGGUUUGAAUGUAACGGUGGACCUCUAAAUAAAAUAUAUACUACUCUGCA